AUGGAUGCUGCAAUUACAUUGGAUGAAAGAAUCCUUCAACCUUUCAUUGCUGCUACAAAUUCAUCAACACUAAACAAAGCUUUGGAGAAUCUAAUAGAAUUGGCUAGAACAAAAGAGGGUCGAUCUGAUCUUGCUUCCAAGAAUAUGCUCAACCCAACCCUUCAACUCUGUAAAUUACUAUCAUACCCUUCUUCAGGUGACACACUUUUAUUGGCUCUUAAACUCAUCAGAAACCUAUGUGCUGGAGAAUUAAGAAAUCAGAAUUCAUUUAUGAAACAAAAUGGAGUUGAUAUUGUUUCGGAUAUAAUCAGUUCUAAGGAAAUUGUUAAUGAUUCAAAUCAUGGGGGGCUUAUUCGAAUGGGAUUACAAGUUCUAGCUAAUGUUUCAUUGGCUGGAGAGGAACAUCAACUUGUUAUAUGGAAUCAUAUUUAUACUUUGAAGUUUCUUGAGAUUGCAAAGAUUAGAAGAAAAGAAACCUGUGACCCUUUGUGUAUGAUCAUCUAUGCUUGUAUUGAAGAGAAUCAUGAACUACUUGACAAGUUGUGUUCAGAUCGUGUUUUGCCUCUUCUUGUUGAAAUUAUAAGAAGUGCAUCUGAAGUGGGGUUUGGAGAAGAUUGGUUGAAGCUAAUUCUUUCAAGAACAUGCAUUGAAGAAUCUUACUUCACACCCAUCUUCUCAAACUUACAAUAUCCUCCUUCUAUUGAAACUACAAAUACCUUCACACAAGAACAAUCCUUUUUGUUAAGCAUCCUAUCCGAAAUGAUAAACGAGCAACUCGAGCAUAUUACAUUAUCCAAGCUUUUUGCUUUGGAUAUUUUCAAGAUCCUAAAAACCAGUUUAGGUGUUGUUGAUUAUGCUUCACGCCCAAAAUCCGGUCUCCCAACCGGCUCAAAUGACAUCGAUGCCCUCGGAUACUCUCUCUGCAUAUUGAGAGACAUCUGUGCAUUUGACCCUCGCAACAAAGAGGGUCAUGUGGAUAUGUUACUUUCAUUAGGGUUUAUCGAAACGUUUCUUGAUUUGCUUCGUGAACUUGAACCUCCUUCAAUAAUUAGGAAAACAAUCAAACACGAUGAGAAUGAAGAAACGAAAACGCAUUUGGGUAAGCUAUGCCCUUAUAAGGGAUUUCGUAGUGACAUUGUUGCGGUUAUUGGGAAUUGUGCGUAUGGGAGGAAGCGUGUUCAAGAUGAUGUGAGGGAGAAGAAUGGGAUUCUUUUGAUGUUGCAGCAUUGUGUCACGGAUGAUGAAAAUCCGUUUUUGAGGGAGUGGGGUAUUUGGGGCGUGAGGAAUUUGUUGGAAGGGAAUGUAGAGAAUCAAAGGGUGGUUAGUGAGUUGGAAAUCCAAGGGUCGGUUAACUUACCCGAGUUGUCUAAUCUUGGGUUGCGGGUCGAUGUCGAUCAACUGACUCGACGGGCAAAGCUUGUAAACAUGGCUUGAAGGUCCUUUUACACAACAUUGCAUGCAUUUUUUUGAACUGGUUUGGAUAAAAUGACCGAAUAUGACAGGUUGUGUUGUGUGUUGUGAAGGGAAGUCUUUUUGUUUAUGUUUGUUGACUAUUUUCCUCAUGAUAUCUUUACAUUUUCUAU